AUUGGCCGGGCUCACUGCCAUCCCGGGGUGCUUUGCGGCGCCGCUUUCUUUCCGCCGGCCGUUCUCCUUCGGAGAAGGCCCGUAGGCAGCAGCCAUGGCGCCCAGCCGAAAUGGCAUGAUCCUAAAGCCCCACUUCCACAAGGACUGGCAGCGGCGCGUUGCCACGUGGUUUAACCAGCCGGCGCGGAAGAUCCGCAGACGCAAGGCCCGGCAAGCCAAAGCGCGCCGCAUCGCCCCUCGCCCUGCGUCCGGACCCAUCAGACCCAUAGUGAGAUGCCCCACCGUGAGGUACCACACCAAAGUGCGAGCCGGCAGGGGCUUCAGCUUGGAAGAGUUACGGGUGGCUGGCAUCCACAAAAAGGUGGCCCGGACCAUUGGGAUCUCGGUGGAUCCGAGGCGGCGGAACAAGUCCACCGAGUCCCUGCAGGCCAACGUGCAGCGGCUGAAGGAGUACCGCUCCAAGCUCAUCCUCUUCCCCAGGAAGCCUUCGGCCCCCAAGAAGGGAGACAGUUCUGCUGAAGAACUCAAAUUGGCCACACAGCUGACCGGACCAGUCAUGCCCAUACGGAAUGUCUACAAGAAGGAGAAAGCCAGGGUCAUCACAGAGGAAGAGAAGAACUUCAAGGCUUUUGCCAGUCUUCGAAUGGCCCGUGCCAAUGCCCGGCUCUUUGGCAUCCGGGCAAAAAGAGCCAAAGAAGCUGCAGAACAGGAUGUUGAAAAGAAAAAAUAAAGUGCUGUUGGCAACUUGUGAUAAAUC